UGUUUGAUUUUGAUGGACGAUAGUGUGGUGGAUGAUGUCAUAAAGAGGCUAUUAGGGGCGAAGAACGGGAAGACGACGAAGCAGGUGCAGUUGACGGAGGCGGAGAUUAAACAUCUCUGUUCGACGGCUAAGCAGAUCUUUCUGAGCCAGCCAAAUCUUCUGGAACUCGAGGCUCCUAUCAAGAUUUGUGGAGAUACUCAUGGUCAGUUCUCAGAUCUCUUGAGAUUGUUUGAGUACGGUGGCUACCCACCGGCUGCAAACUAUUUGUUCCUUGGGGAUUAUGUAGACCGUGGGAAGCAGAGUGUAGAGACCAUAUGCCUUCUUCUUGCUUACAAGAUCAAAUACAAGGAGAACUUCUUUCUUCUGCGAGGGAACCAUGAGUGUGCUUCUAUAAACCGCAUCUACGGGUUCUAUGACGAGUGCAAGAAGAGAUAUAGCGUCCGGGUGUGGAAGAUAUUCACCGACUGCUUCAACUGUCUCCCCGUUGCUGCUCUUAUCGACGAGAAGAUCCUCUGUAUGCACGGUGGGCUUUCUCCUGAGCUGAAGCACUUGGAUGAGAUCAGGAACAUCGCUCGUCCCGUGGACAUUCCUGAUCAUGGGCUUCUCUGUGAUCUGUUGUGGUCUGAUCCUGAUAAAGACAUUGAAGGAUGGGGAGAGAAUGAUAGGGGGGUCUCUUACACUUUUGGGGUUGAUAAAGUAGAGGAGUUUCUCCAAACACAUGACCUUGACCUAAUCUGCAGAGCUCAUCAGGUUGUGGAAGACGGGUAUGAGUUCUUUGCAAAUAGACAGCUAGUUACGAUAUUCUCGGCUCCGAAUUACUGUGGAGAGUUUGACAACGCAGGUGCGAUGAUGAGUGUGGAUGAUUCCUUGACAUGCUCGUUUCAAAUCCUCAAAGCAUCCGAGAAGAAAGGGAACUUCGGAUUUGGCAAGAAUGGAGGAAGACGAGGAACCCCACCUCGCAAGGUGAGAGCUACUUUUCAAUGCACGAAACUAAUAGAGAGAGAGCUUUCUUACUGCAUCUCAUUGUUUUGUUAUGGUUUGGUUUCUCUUUUAGGGUGGAAAAGGCUGAAGACAAAAUAA